GUCGUCCUUAAAGAAAUGCUGAUUUGACAUUGCUAUGAUUAAAGUUGGUUGAUAAGUGUUGAAUUUUUAGCUAUUAUCGUAUACGUAAAGGAAGGAGAAGGAGUGAAUUAUUUGGUCAUUAAUAACACCAAAAAUGAUGAUGUAUAAGCUGCUGGAUGAGGUGGAGCAGGAAUCAUUUAGUGCAGAAGAUUUUGUAGAAAGGUUAGCUUGGAAGGCAAGUAAUGGCUCAUUGUCAGUGAAAUCUGACAAUGAAGAUUUCAACCCACAAAUUAUCCAUGAUGCAUUUACAUCUGCCAUCAGACAGUUGACAGACAUACAAAGAAAACAACAAAGGGAGUGUGAUGAGCUGGAGGCCAAGCUCACAGAAGAGGAGUCUAAAUAUUCUCAGAGAGUCUACAGACUUAUGGACAGAAAUAAGGAGGACUUCAGCAUCCUGCACCAGCUGGACGAAAAGAUUAGCUUCGUGGCCACAAAGGUGGUGCACCUGGGCGACCAGCUGGAGAGCGUCAAUACACCCCGCUCGCGCGACGAGCGCGCCCUCCGACUGAUGCAGCACCUCAACCGCUUCAUCGACGCCGAGGCGCCCUCUGACGAGCUGUUCGACGAUAAGGACCGGAUUUUUGAAGCGGCAGAUGUCAUACAGAAGUUGUACCUGAUAUCCCAAGAGCUACCAUCGGCAAAGUUCGAGGGCGCCCGCGCCCGGAUCAGUCAGAAGUAUGACGCCGUGGAGCGGCGGCUGAUCGAGCGGUUCGUCUCGGCCCAGAAGCGAGACGACCGUGACGCCAUGAAGGAGGUGGCGGCCGUGGUGGCCCAGUUCAAGGGUUUCUCGCAGUGCGUGGACGCCUUUAUCGAGCAGAGUCAGAUGGGCAUGUUUGUCAGCCGGGACAUUUUCCGGGAGAUUGUUCCCGUGUGUGAGAGGAACGAGGCGCUUAUCCACUACGUGUUCCACAACCCGGCCCAGGUGAUGGGCCGCUUCGUGCUCACCAUCUUCCAGGGCAGACUACAGGAGCACCUCCACCAGACGCUGGCAGACCAGUCGAGCGGCGCGCGCUACCUGGACCAGCUGUGCGAGCUCUACUCGCGCACACAGCACCUCACCAAACAGCUGGCCAAGUUCAACAUGGGCCACGACAGCUCGUUCCUCAGCAAACUCGCCAAAAAGCUGUUCCAAGAGUACAUCAACACAUACAUCAGCAAGGAGCUGACGCAGCUGCGCCAGGCGUGCUCGGACACACUGGACGAGUACUACGCGUCCCAGUCACACCAGAAGCGCGUGCUGUACGGCGGCCUGGGCGAGCUGCGCCGGGAGGCGGCCGUCGUGCUCGGCACCAAGACCAGUAUCAACAUCGCGGCCGUGGAGAACCACGGCGGACGAACGUUCCUAUCGGAGGAGACGGCCAUCAACCUGCUACAGGAAGCAAAGAAGGCGCUGAAGCGUUGUCAGGUGCUGUCGCGGCCGCAGGAGCUGGCGCAGAACGCGCUGCAGCUGUUCGACAUCCUCACCAACAGUCUGCUGGUGGAGCACAUCGACUACGGCAUCGAGCUGGCCCUGCAGGCGGUGCCCGUGAACGAGCCGCGGGCCGAGCCGCAGCUCUACUUUUACGACGUGGUGCGGCAGACCAACGGAAUGGUGCACCUGCUGGAGAAACAAUACGCCGACUCGCUGCUGCCGCUGGUGGCCGGAUCCAGCUGCCAGCCGGAGGCGGCGCAGAAGCGGCGCUCUCUGCUGGCCGGUCUGCAGUCGAAGCUGGAUGUGGGCCUGGACAGGACACUGUCAGCCGCCUGUGCCUGGGUGCGCGUCCUGCUGCAGACCGAGCAGAAAAAGUCCGACUUCCGACCCGACACCGAGGAGGUGGUCCUGGCAUCGGCCACACAGGCGUGUCGGAAGGUGGUGCGUUUCGUGAACGGCCAGGCGGCGCGCGUGCAGGACUCGUGCGACGGCAAGAACGUGGACGCGGUGCUGACGGAGCUGGGCGAGCGACUGCACCGGGUGGUGCUCGAGCACCUGCUGCAGUUCCAGUACAACACCACAGGCGCGAUGGCGGUGAUCUGUGACGUCAAUGAGUACCGCAAGUGCGUGGACGCCUGGAAGAUUGCGCACGUGACGGCACUGUUCGAGACGCUGCACUCGCUCUGCAACCUGCUGCUGGUGCUACCCGACAACCUGCGGCAGGUCUGCAGCCAGGGACAGCUGGCCGGCCUGGACCGUGCUGUCCUGAUGAGUUUCAUCCAGCUGCGUACCGACUUCAAGACCUCCAAGCUGGGUCUGCAGCUGCGAUGGUAGGGUGUCGGACCCGGUCGCUGCCAGAGGUGUGUGUGUGUGUGUGCGACCGACAUAGACUCGCCAGCCCCGCCGGGGACGGUGCUCAGACGGCGGCGGCCGGCGCGAGAGUGUUACCUGUUAGAGCGGGAACGGGGAUGUCGGCGAUUUGACACGUACUGUGAUUGGACGUAACUGCUUUAGCGUCUUUGAGAAUGUCGUUUCUGCAGACUUGUUAUUUUGUUUUCGAAGUGAAUGUGUUAUGUGCACGACAUGGGAGAGGCUAUGCGAGAUAAAAGUAUAGGGUUUUGUCUUUGUAUAUUAUGUACGAAAUGUGUAUGAUCGGCGGUAUUAUCUAGUAGGUUCAUGCCAAAUGAAUAUUGCUUGUAAGCCACUUUUCGAGGCGCGUCAGUGCUUUUUACGUGGCAUGGGUAGGUACAUAUGCAUAUGUUUCAUGCCUUUAUGUUGACAAGUGAAAAGCAUGUCCACACAUGUCCAAAGUAAACAAUAUAUGAUGUA